AUGGCCCCUCACUCGACGACCGACUUUUACAACAACAACCCAUGUCGGCUCUUGAUAACUCCUCCAAUGUCCCCGUCAGACCUUACCCUUCCCCCCAUACACCCGCCCAAACCAGACAAUGACAUAUUCCUCCUGCCUAAACCAGAGUACCCCGUCGACUGGUUAGACUUUACAAGAACUCGCUCAGCUCACUCUAUAGCUGAAAAGACAUGCGAGAUGAUAUGUUACCUCUGGUUCUCCUCUCCCUCCCGGUCCCGCUCCAACCACCGACCACCCUACCCAACACCCAACAACUCCCCCUCCUCUUCACCGCCCACCACCACCCUCCAACUAGUAGCCACUUCGACCUUUGUGCAGUUCCUACAAAAGCUACUGGAGACGACCCAGGUGUCUCAAAGCGUCAUCGUGCUAUCGCUGCAUUAUAUAUAUAGGCUGAAAGAGCGGAAUCGGUUCACGCCUGCACAGUCUGGAAGUGAGUUUAGGAUUGCAGUUGCUGCGCUGAUGAUGGCCAACAAGUUUUUGGACGACAACACAUACACGAACAAAACAUGGUCCGAAGUCUCCGGCAUCGAUCUGGAGGAAAUCAACAGAAUGGAGAGGGAAUUCCUCCUCGGGCUCGUAUCAGCGAAAGAGAGGGAUUGUCAGAGGUUCCGAAAGACACGAAGGUCGCUUGCUCCGGGUCCUUCUUCAUCCAUGAGUCCGAGGUAUAAGAUGGGACUGGGACUGGGAACGACGCGCGCAAGGUCUACUUCGCCGAGCAGUAAACCCGUUUCUUCAUAUCAUUCCACUACCUACGUUCAAAGGCAUCGCCAACGGGAACAGGAACAGGCGUACCCUACCCCAGCUACAUCGACUUCGUCAAAUUGCCCCUCACCCACACCUAGACCUGGUUCGAAACGGAACGCGGCGGUGGCGUUUUCCCCCACGAGUGCUUCGUUUUCGCAUUUACCGGCAAAGAGGCCUUUGUCGGAGUAUACCGCCAACACCACUUACUCUUCUUCUUCUACUUUUACACCCUCCUCGAGCACCAACAACAAUACGUUUACCCCCUCCUCCGUCUCUACCACACCCUCGAGGGCACCACAACCACAAAGACCAGGUCUUCAAAUACCCGAAUAUAGAUCGAACGGAAGCGCGCCGAACAGUUAUAGUCCGCUUGAAGGCCUACAAAGCUUUGUCGAAAAGAUGUCGAUUGGGGCGUCGCCUGGGUUCGGUGUACCUCAUUCUUCAUCUUCCACCCAACCUCCCCACUCCUACCCCUCCCAAACCCAAAUCCCAACGACGUUAAUAGCAGCAUACGCACACGACGAACAAAGGCGGUCUGCAGCUGUCCCGCAGAAUUUAUAUUUUUAUACGUUGGCGUGUUCGCCUGUUGAGGAGCGGGAGGUUUGUUUGCCUCUUGACGGGGGUGAGGCGGAGCAGGAGGGGAGGGUAACGAGGAACUCGAAGACCCGGUUGAGGUAUCACCAGCCUCAGCCCUCUUCCUCUUCUACUGCUGGGGGAAGACACGCAGGGGUUGGAUAUGGGGAUGAGUAUCCGAGUGCUGCUAGUGCGUUUACUGCUGCUUCUCGCGAUCGUGGGGUGUCCUAUGGGGAUGUGAGGAUGGGAGCGGGAGCGGGGUAUAGGUUCCCGCAAGCGGUACAGAGUGCUUCUACGAGUCCGAAUGAUUUGGAUGUGAGGAGGGUUGGAAGGAGGAUUGGGGUUCCUCAACGGCAACAAGGACAACAGUAUUCGCCGCAGAAGUCGUUCACGCAACAACGUUAUUCGCCGGGGUAUCAUUCCCACUCUCAGCAGGCUUCGCCGCAGUAUCAUCAACCCCCACCUCCGACGACGACGAUUGUUCAACAUCACACGCAACAACGGGUACAGCAGGGGACGUGUUCGCAUCAUUCGUCGCCUUUGUAUCGACCUUUGGGUUCUUCGCAAAGCCAAUAUCAUCAGGCUUCGAGUCGGGGGACGUCGCCUCAGCCUUUGUAUCAUCAUCACCACCAACCACCUCCACCUCCACAGCAGCAGCAGAGACAUUCAAGUUCUAGUUCUAGCUCUAGGCAGAUACAGCAGAGUCAGGGACUACCACGGUUUCACGAUAAUGUGUGGAAUACGCAGCCUGCUGUUGUCGCUCCUCCCCCUCCUUCUCAUUCUUUCCCGCUAGAAGAGGAGGAGGAGGAAGUGAUGACGGCGAGACAGGAGGUGUUUGCACCUGCGCCGAAGUAUGCUUUGCCUGUUUCGUUGCAUGCUGGUGAUGAGGUGGAGAUGGAUGGGGAGGAGGAUGAUGAUGAGAUGGAGGAGGAGGGUGACGACGAAGAGAUGGAGGAGGAUGGGGAUGAUGGGGAGAGGGAGUGGUCUCAUCAACAACAACGGCAGCGGCACGAUCCAACGACAGCGACGUAUCCUCCCAAUCACUCCAACGAAUCGACGGGUUAUGAACAUCAUCAUCACAAGGCUACGGCUGCGACGUUUGCGAAUGCUGGUCCGCCUGGGGUGUGUUUUUAUCCUACGCCUUCGUUGAGUGCGUAUACGUAUCCUCCGUAUGCUGCUGGGCGUCAGUAUUCUUCUGGUCGGAGGUGGUGA